AUGGCCUGGUAUGGUAUCGUGUACCACAUUGCAAUGGCCCAAUUGCAACCGGCCAGUAGGAGUGUAGGAGAUGUGGCGGCGGGCGUGGUCGAAUCUAGAAUUCGAAUUGGGGUAGAUAUGAUGACAAUUGUGAGGGAGGAUUAUUCCAUCGCUAUCUGGCUUUUGCAACAAAGAAGGAGGAGGAGGUCGAGGGAUUUCGUGAGUGUCAAUGACAGAUUAAGGCGCCGGUCGUGGGUCAAUUGCGUUGUGUGGUGGUAG